GGGAGCGCGUCUUGAUACAAGCAGCAUCUGAAGAAAAUUUGCAGCAGUUCCAAGAGGAGCAUAUUGCUUCCAUAAGACGUCAGAUGGAACUCAGAAUUAAAGACUUGGGAUCUGAACUCUCCAAGAGGAAAACUUUUGAAGAUUCUAAUAAAGCAGAGUUGGAAAAAUAUAAGCAACACUACCUAGAGAAACUAAAAGAAAGUCCUUGGAAAAGAAACUAGACUAGACUAAUGAGAGGCUGGAAGAGAUCAGCACCAAACUUGAGGUGGAGAAACAGCAGAACAAAUCUUUACUCAGCACUCCUAGCAGCAUGCCAGUCCUGGAGCCCUCUUCUGUUGGAAAUUUCAAUCCUACUUCAGGGUUCAAUGCAAAUCUUCUUUCAGGAGCAAUUGUAGGGUUUUCUACCUCAAUUCCACACCGUUCAAAUGACAGCGUGGAGACUUACUUGACCAAGGUUAACUUCGAGGAAUUUAAGGACGGUUUCAUGGCUGUGUUGUCAUCACAGGCUGGUCUUGCCUCCUCAGAUGAAGACAGUGGGCCUUUGGAGUCAGUUGCCUCCCGGGCUGUGCCCUCAAAGGCCAUGAGCAGCUCUAACUGGUCCGGCCGUCGGAGCCAGCCCGAGCCCUGUGGCGCUGCAGAUGGAGCCCCAGGUUUACCGGAGCAGCCGGUCACACCCAGUGUGAGGAGCCAGCUCUGCUGCUCCGCGUCCCUGGAAGGCGUGGAGAGUCUCAAGUUUGAUGAAGAAGCCAACAGUGCGACGGAGCCUCAGAAUGAAUUCUCUGAAGUCCAAGGGAGCAGGUGGAGCAGAUGGCCAGGGAGCCGAGAUAAGGCGAGACAAGACCUGGAGAAAGCUGAGCAGAGGAACCUGGAGUUUGUGAAAGAGAUGGAUGACCUCCAUUCUGCCCUGGAGCAUCUCGCGGAGGAGAAGGUCAGAAUCGAGUUGGAAAAGCUUUCUGAAGAAGUCACGCUCUUGAAAAAUGAGGUGGGGAAGAUCUGACAAGAGCUUGAAGCUUCAGAAAGGACAGAGGCUGCACAGAGACACCUGCUGUACCCUGGAGAGAGCUGCAGUUCCCAUCUGCGUCUUCCCACCGCUGCCUGCCUGUCCCCGAGCCUGGCUGAUAAGCAGCUGUAUGGAGCCACCCAGAGGCUGUGGCUGGCCCGGUCCCAGCACGCCCAGCGGGUGCAGCAGUUGCAGGACGAGAUGGCACAGCGCGUGCCCACAGGCCGUGUGGCCGAGCUGCAGCAGCUGCUGGAAGGGGAGCAGCGGGCAGCUUGGCAGCUCCGGGAGGAGGCGCAGGAAGCACAUGAAAAACAGCUGGAAGCAACAGAAGAGCAGGUGGAGGAGGUGGGGAUGACUUUGAAGAACAUGGAAGUGCUCUUCCAAGAGAAAGUGGGUGAGCUGAAGGAACAGUUUGAAAAGAGCACAGGAUCUGAUCUGCUGCUCAAGGAGCUCUAUGUGGAAAAUGCCCACCUGACAAAAGCGCUUCAAGUCACUGAGGAGAAGCAACGAGGCACUGAGAAAAAGUCCCGAUUCUUGUACGGAAAAGUUAGAACUCUCAGCAAACUCCUCAGCAAGAUUGCUACAGCUUCCCUCGCUGUGUAAACUGCUUUUCUUCCUGGAGUUCAUUUUGAAGGAACGUCUAUUAAAGUAAACCAGUGUGACACCGUAACUUACUGUGGCUCACUGGCUGUACACCCCUGGAUAAACGAGGAUUGUGAUUCUGUUUACCCCACAAGCAUUUAAUGAAGGGUUGUAUGCCAAAUGCCUGGGAAACACGUUGGAGAGGACUAUUUUUUUUUUUAGUGGUCCUUGGGUAACUUCCAGAGUUACAUUCCUAAUUUUGCUACUGAAAAACAAACCAGAUUAUGGGGUUCUCAGCAAGGUAAAUGGUAAAAUAAAACAAUUUUCAUCUUGCACUUCUGACCUUGGCUACAGAGAUUAAAAUGCAAAGUCAGGGCUCUGUAGUUUUACCAUUGCACUGUUAGUUCUAUGGGUUUAGUCACUGGCAUUCUCGAUGGUGGAUCGGUGUAGACACUCCAGAAAUGCUACACUUUCUGUAACUUUCAACUAUUGAUAAGGGAUAGAGGAAGGAAGCCUUUUUGUCAGGGCCUGUUCGACCACGAGGGAGGUCUAGACAGUGCUGGUGUUUUAGGGCUGUGGACUCAGGGAGGAUGGUAUCGUAUCCAUUGUGAAUGCAAUCUUUUCCUCACUGAAAUGUCAUCACACUGCAAAGUGUAUUAUAUGUUUAAA